AACACAUACUAUUAUCUCUCACAAGUUUGAGGGUGUAUUUUGUUGUUUUCUUUGCCCAAUAAACUAUAGAUUCGCUUCUGUAUUUCCUGUCCCUUCGAUAUCUUUUUCUUUCUCUAGAUUCUGUCACCUGUUGCUUUCCUUAAUUGCUUUUUUACGUUUUCAGAGAGAGAGAGAGAGAGAGAGAGAGAGAGGUUUUUGAAAUGGGAACGAACCUAUUUCUUGAAAAGUUGGCAACUGUGGGCUGCUGUAUUGACAUGGAGGGUACUUUUAUUUCACUUGCAAGUGAUGUCUUAAUGCAUCGUUGGAACCCUUGAGGUGCUUCGGGAUGUGUGUUUGAAGUUGCUUCAUUUGGAUGACUUUCUUGCUCUCACAGUAGUGGUUGUUUAACAGUAUAGGGUUUUGGGGAUUAGUUGAAUAUUUUUUUUUUUUUGUGAAGGGUUUAGGUUUCAAGUGGGGUCAAGAGAUCUCAGUUUGUUUGGCUGGCUUCACCUAUCUAUAUAUAAUCUUAUUUUUUUUUCUUGUUUAGUGGUGUGAAUUAUUGCUUCGCCUUCAAGUUGUUAACUCGGUCCUUGUUUUGUGGUUCCUGAGGUGUUUUGCAUUUGAAGUUUGUUCAUUUUGGGUGCUUAUUUUAUUUUCCUUUCUUUUCUCUAAAGGGCAUCACUAUGGUCUUGGUUUCUUAAAGUUAUAGGGAUUUGAUUUCAAGUGGGGAUUGGUGAUAUCUCUUAAUUUCACUUCCUUUUGUUGCUUCAUUUGCAAUUUGGAACUUGCGAGCUGCUUUUUUUUUUUUCGCUGGAGAUUUGACAUGCGAGUUCCUUCAAUUGGGCUUCUUCUCUUGAAAAGCAGUUAAUGCCCAAGAAAUAUCAACUUCAAUGCGGGAGUCUUUGCCUUGAUUUGAGCUGGGGCUAAGCUUUGAUUUCAGUAAUGGCGAUGGUGGAGACUGCUCCAAUGACUUUCCUCAGAUCGGUGUUCUUUGCUUGCUUUCUUUGUUCAUCUUGGGGUCUCAAAACCACAACUCAAUCCUGUGAUCCAAAUGAUAUGCGGGCCCUGAAGGAAUUUGCAGGAAAGCUCACGAAUGGGUCCAUCAUAACAUCAUGGUCCAGCAAGACUGACUGCUGUCAAUGGGAAGGGGUUGUAUGUCGAAGUAAUAUCAAUGGCUCAAUUCACAGCAGGGUUACCAUGCUGAUUCUGUCCAAAAUGGGUCUUCAAGGGUUAAUUCCGCCCUCCUUGGGCCGCUUAGAUCAGCUGAAAUCAGUUAAUCUCUCUUUCAAUCAACUCAGUGGUGGAUUGCCUUCGGAGCUCUCGAGCUUGAAGCAGUUGGAGGAUCUUGAUUUGAGCCAUAACUUGCUAUCAGGACAAGUUUCAGGGGUGCUUUCUCGUUUGUUAUCCAUUCGGACACUGAACAUUUCCAGCAAUCUGUUAAAGGAAGACUUGCUUGAGCUUGGAGGAUACCCAAAUCUUGUUGCGUUCAACAUGAGCAACAAUUCAUUCACUGGUCGAAUCAGUUCUCAAAUUUGCAGCUUCUCUAAAGGGAUUCAGAUUCUUGAUUUAUCUGCGAACCAUCUCGUGGGCGAUCUUGAAGGCUUGUUCAAUUGCAGCAGAUCUCUUCAACAAUUGCAUUUGGACUCCAAUUCACUUUCAGGCUCUCUCCCUGAUUUUUUAUACUCAAUGUCAGCUUUGCAGCACUUCUCUAUCUCCAACAACAAUUUCUCUGGCCAGUUAAGCAAGGAAGUGAGUAAGCUCUUUAAUCUUAAAAACCUGGUUAUUUAUGGAAACCAGUUUUCAGGCCAUAUACCAAAUGCAUUUGUCAACCUUACAUAUCUAGAACAAUUUGUUGCCCAUUCAAAUAUGUUGUCUGGACCUUUGCCUUCAACACUGUCAUUCUGCUCAAAGCUUCGCAUUCUUGACCUUAGAAACAAUUCUUUAACUGGUCCAAUUGAUCUUAAUUUCAGUGGAAUGCCUAGUCUUUGUACACUUGAUCUUGCCUCUAAUCACCUUUCUGGGCCACUUCCAAAUUCUCUAUCUGUUUGCCGCGAAUUGAAGAUUUUGAGCCUGGCUAAGAAUGAAUUAACCGGAAAAAUCCCCGAGAGUUUCGCAAAUCUCUCAUCACUUUUGUUUCUCUCAUUGUCCAACAAUAGUUUUGUGGACUUAUCUGGGGCACUUACGGUACUGCAGCAAUGCCAAAAUCUCUCCACUCUUAUUCUCACAAAGAACUUCGUAGGUGAGGAAAUUCCCAGAAAUGUAAGCGGUUUCCGGAAUUUAAUGGUCUUAGCAUUUGGAAAUUGUGCUCUCAAAGGCCAAAUCCCAGUUUGGCUGUUGAGAUGCAGGAAGUUAGAAGUUCUUGAUUUGUCUUGGAAUCAUCUGGAUGGAAGUAUUCCUUCUUGGAUUGGCCAGAUGGAGAAUUUGUUUUACCUGGACUUCUCAAAUAACUCCCUAACUGGAGAGAUCCCCCAAAGUUUGACUCAGCUAAAGAGCCUCGCAAACAGCAGUUCACCCCAUCUAACUGCCUCUGCUGGCAUUCCUCUAUAUGUAAAGCGAAACCAGAGUGCUAGUGGUUUGCAGUACAACCAAGCCUCAAGUUUCCCUCCUUCAAUAUUGUUGAGCAACAAUAGAAUAACUGGGACAAUUCCACCUGAAGUUGGAAGGCUGAAAGACCUCCAUGUCUUUGAUUUGAGCAGGAACAACAUUACGGGGACCAUACCUAGCUCCUUUUCUCAGAUGGAAAACCUGGAAGUUUUAGAUUUGUCAUCCAACAAUCUGUAUGGGUCAAUCCCCCCAUCGCUUGAGAAGCUGACAUUCCUGUCGAAGUUUAGUGUGGCUAAUAAUCACUUGAGGGGACAAAUUCCCAGCGGAGGGCAGUUCUAUAGCUUUCCUAGCUCAAGCUUUGAGGGUAAUCCGGGACUCUGUGGGGUAAUAGUCUCUCCCUGUAAUGUCAUUAAUAAUAUGAUGAAGCCUGGUAUCCCAUCUGGUUCAGACAGUAGUAGAUUUGGUCGAGGCAAUAUUCUUAGCAUAACAAUCACUAUAGUAGUUGGGCUUGCGCUGGUCCUCGCUGUUGUUUUGCACAAGAUGUCAAGGAGGAAUGUGGGGGAUCCUAUUGGUGAUUUGGAGGAGGAAGUCAGUCUUCCGCACAGGUUAUCUGAAGCUCUCAGGUCUUCCAAGUUGGUGCUUUUUCAGAAUUCUGAUUGCAAAGACCUCACAGUUCCAGAUUUGUUGAAAUCAACAAAUAACUUCAACCAAGCAAACAUCAUUGGUUGUGGUGGAUUCGGCCUGGUUUACAAAGCCAACCUUCCCAACGGUACAAAAGCUGCAAUCAAGAGGCUUUCUGGGGAUUGUGGUCAGAUGGAACGAGAAUUUCAAGCUGAAGUGGAAGCUCUCUCAAGGGCUCAACACAAAAACCUUGUUUCUCUUCAAGGUUAUUGUAGGCAUGGUAAUGACAGAUUAUUGAUUUACUCUUACAUGGAAAAUGGAAGCUUGGAUUAUUGGCUGCAUGAAUCUGUUGAUGGCGGCUCAGUACUUAAAUGGGAGGUGAGACUCAAGAUAGCUCAAGGAGCGGCUUGUGGGUUAGCAUAUCUGCACAAAGUUUGCGAGCCACAUAUAGUUCACCGAGAUGUGAAAUCGAGCAACAUACUUCUAGAUGAGAAAUUUGAAGCUCACUUGGCUGAUUUUGGUCUCUCAAGGCUACUUUGUCCUUACGAUACUCAUGUGACAACAGAUUUGGUAGGUACAUUAGGUUAUAUACCUCCUGAAUAUAGCCAAACAUUGAUGGCAACAUGCAGGGGUGAUGUUUACAGUUUUGGUGUUGUUCUUCUUGAACUUCUUACCGGUAGAAGGCCCGUGGAAGUUUGCAAAGGAAAAAACUGCAGAAAUUUGGUUUCCUGGCUGUUUCAGAUGAAGUCCGAGAAAAGGGAGGCAGAGAUUAUAGACUCAGCAAUUUGGGGUAAAGAUCGUCAGAAACAGCUGUUUGAAAUGCUCGAAAUUGCAUGCAGAUGCUUAGACCAAGAUCCUAGGCGGAGACCCCUUAUCGAAGAAGUUGUUUCAUGGCUUGAUGGUAUUGGAUUCCAAGCUGCUCAACAAUGAGCUAUAAUAAUACUGCACUUAGUUUCAGGGUUCUUAGUUUCAGUUGGGGUGGACAUGGGAAGGUAUACUUGUAAAGUAAACUCUAUUCCAAGUUUCUAUAAUGUUGAAAUCUUGACCAAGUUUCUAUUGUAUUAUUCUGUUAUAAAUAAGCAUAUUAUAAAA